AAUCGUUGGUGGGUGUUGAUCCUGAUUGGACUGAACACGAAUAUAACGAUGAUAACAUCGUUUCCCAGUAUUUUGAGACACAGUAUAGCAUAACCAAUUUAGAGUUUUUUUAGAAGUGGCGUGGGCUUCCUUGAUCAUUCGCACAAGGCGCAAUUCUUGUUGGCAACUUGCGGAGCGUCAUCGUCGUGUACUUUUACAUACGUGCUUUCAUACGAUGGAGAUACGAGAAGCAAGACAUCAAGGGAAUUCGCUCGUGCAUUAUUUCGGGGGAAGAAAAAUUUGACACCUUUAUCUCACCUCAACCCUUGAGAUCUGAGCAAGUAUCCGAGAGGAGUCAGAGCAGAUAUCGAUGUCACGUAUCAUCAUCCUGUCUUGGCUUUGAUCAUAAAAGAUGAACCACAUCCUCUGCCAGUGGUGCCAUGCCGUCUCAAAUUUAGCCAGGAUAAAAGAUGGAAGGUGGAUAGUCUCAGUUCUUUAUAAGACGCUGGACCACUUACACUUCAUCCAGGGAGGUCCACUUUGGCGUCCAACCAACUCUACGCAUUUUCUGUGCACGCUUCGUUUAGAUUCUUCAAUAAUUUAAAAACUAAGAUGAAUUAAUAUUUACUAACCACGAAUUUACAUACAUUUGAACGACAUAUUUACAUAUAAAAUAAAUUGCCCAUAGGAAAAAUAUUGAAACAAAGUAUAGAUAGAAAGUCUCAAAAUGAAAACGUCUUUACUUUUUGCUUUUGGAAUUGUAAUGGUCGAGUCCCUUCUAGUUUCUGGCUGUUUCAUCACCAACUGUCCUCCAGGUGGUAAGCGAUCUGGAGCAGACACCAAAAUAAGACAGUGCGAGCAAUGUGGACCUCCAGGAAUGAACGGUCUCUGUUAUGGACCACACAUUUGUUGUUCCUCGGAACUUGGCUGCUUGUUUGGGACAAGUGAGACGCUGACUUGUUUCCAAGAAAAUCUCAUGUACAACACCCCAUGCCAAAAUCCAGGGGAAUCAUGUUCAGGAAACGAUGCCACCAAUCCCAUCAAUGGACAAUGUGCUACUCUGGGUGUUUGCUGUUCUUCAGACACCUGUACGAUUGAUGACAAUUGUCACAAAAAAGACGAGCAGCAAAACGUAAGUGGGCACAGCAGAUCAACUGUAGCGAUGGACGGGUCGCAUACUAAAGAACACGCCACAACCAUGUUCCAAAAUCCUUUGGAUCGGUGGAUUCCACGUCGUUUCGGACUUGGUCGUCCAACAGACACUUCUGGUCGUAUUUCUAGUGAUGAAUACUAACGAUCACGCAUAAUGGCAACGUUUGGGACAACGAGUUUUCAAAACUUUUGGUUUGGGCUGGGUCAAAAGUUUUGAGGACUUGUUGCAACCUCAAUUCCAGAAUUUCCAUCCAACAUUUCCACCAACAACAUUCCAAUGCAUGAUGAUUUGAAUAGAAAAGUAGGAAUAAUGACUUAUUUAAAUUUAUUUAAGUACUUAUUAUUAGAUUUAUCAAACAAUAUUAUUGUGCAAUUUCAAACGCUCUAAUAAAAUGUUAGAUUUGCUGUGUAUAUCUA